CGUUCGCCGACUCGCCCACUCUCCCGCCUCUUUUUUUCGAUUUCGAAAAGAAAUUUCGAAAGGAAUUAUGAAGUAUUCAAAAGUCAAAGAAAUGAAUCUCGCGUUUAGACGGACUGAAUUAUUCGUUUCUAUCGUUCGUUUCAUAAACGUCAAUGUUUCACGAGUAAAUCCUUGGCUCUGGGGAAAAUCAAAGAUUUAAUUGAAACGCGUUCUGUUUGUUUUAAGUUAUUGUUUCGUAUUGAUAUUCGUCAUGGGUCUCGUAUCCCACGGAGGAUUUAAGACGACAGACAAGCUUUGACUUAUGGAAUUCGCGACAGAUUAAAGAUCGUGAAGAGUACGGCGAAAGAAUCGACACGAAGUGAUGAAGAAAAUUUUAUCUGGAAAGCCAAUAUUUCCAACGCGUGAUAAAUUUUGUAAACUUCCGGCGAUCGCAAAGGAGUAGAUUGUUUGAAUCGAUCUCUCGAUUUUAAGUCCCAUCGACUUUGCUGGAUACAAAAGGAAACAAGAUAUUUCUUUCUAAUAAUUUUAAUCCUGAAUUAUAAUAUUCAGAUGAUCUAUAUGUUUCCUUCAUUAGGCAACUUUAACGUAAAUCGAAAUACGAAAGAAGUCUUUCAAAGUCUUCGAACUUUGUCAUUUUUUAAAAAACGAGGAAUACAGAUCCGUCUAAAAAAUGUCCGUCUUAUAUCGGCCGAUCGAAGGAGGAUCAUCGCAAGAAGAUCAUCGUAGCAAGAAGGAGCUGAAACUUUUUUGUUUGUUUUGCAAAGAAUUCGACGUUCUUGAAGGAAAAAACGAGGCUAAUUUUGUGACAGUUCGAGAGGGACCUUCUAGACAAUGCAGAUUCAAUUAAAGUCUCCUGAGCGCGAAACUUUUCCAAUCAAACCGGUACGUGCUCCGUGGCCUGUUCUUUUCUACCGACGAACCAAAGCAGAAGCGAAAGUCCUUCUGUCCACAAGACUUUUUUCCAAUGAAAUUUUCUUCCGAAGACCUAACGUGAAAGGAUACGGAUAUAUCCUAGGACAGCCAUCAGCUCAACAGCUUUCGACUUCGACUGAUUUCCUCGAACUUCCCUUUUUAAUACACUCUUGAGACUUAAGAAACUCUAAUGAGCAUUAAUAAUUAAAGGUUUUCACGUAACAAGACUUUUAUUUAACAUGAAAUCAAUUAGAUUCCAAGAAUAAAAUUUCUCAUUAUCAAAGAUACCGUCUAAAAAGAUUAAAAAUUACUUGCAUUUUAUUCGAUUAAAAUGAAAAAUCAGAAAUCAUGUGCCAUAAAAUGAUCGAUUUAUCGCACAGUCUGAUUCUUACGUAACUCUUAUAAAUUUUAAAUUGUACGCAAGAAACCAAACGGCUUCUUCGCAUUAGCUAAGAAUUUUCAUUCCUACUCACGAUAAUAAUCUCGUCUUAUUUAAUCAUCAUUUUUCAAAACUGUUACUUGCCAUAAUAUUCUUAAUACAAUCGACGGAUGAUAACCAGAAGUGAAAAUGGAAAUAAUAACGUUUUAUCGUUUAAAAAUACUUGCCGCAAUGCCGAGCGUAAUUUCGAUGAUAAAUACCGUAAAUACGUACAUGGAGGUUGCGUUCUGACUGUUGUGGUUGCUAGAGUAACGACAAGCGAUAGAUCAAACCGUUUUCACCGUUAAAAACGUUUCUCAGCAACCACUCCACUUGGUGAAGUUUAUGGUGCUCGUAUAAAACGUUUGUUAUAUCGAAAUCGAUCAGUAUAUAAUAUACAUCACAAAAAUGUUUAUCUUAUUUCGGAUAUCUCGAAAUUCGUCAAAGUAAGUAGAACCAUUCGUAUCGGAAUCGAUUCGAUUAGUCAUACGAUCGAUGUAAUUCAAUAUUGUAUGUAUGUACAUAAAUUAAUCUCGUACAUACGUACGCGCGUUCCAUACACACCCUCGCACACAAAGAUAUAAAUUUCUUCGUGAAAUUGUAGAAAUCACGGAUUAAACGUCGCACAUUAAAAUGAAAGGUCUCGUUACUCGUUGCUCGGGAAACGUAAAGGAACUUUUGAAAUACUGCGGCGAACUAUACAUAGAGAUAUACGAUAAAAAUAAUAGAUAAACGGCAGAGUAGCAAAAAUCGAAACGAGACGGCUUUCUCACGAAGUACACAGAGCUAUGAUAAAUUGGCUCGUUCGUUGAAUUUAAACUGAUAUGUAGGAUGUAUGUGUACAUGGUGCCAGUUAUAUUCAACAUGCUCGCGCGAGCGAGAUCAAACGAAUAAAAUUUUGUUGAAAUGUUAGGGCCGCGUAUGUACUAAUAUUUCAUCUAUUAAUUGUACAAGCUUUCUGGGACACAAGAUCAAAAUGUAUUUCACUAAUGAUCGGCAUCGAUCGACUUGUUGAAUUUCUUUAAAUUAAGAGAAAGAGAGAAAACAAGAAAAAGAGAAAGAAAGAAAGAAGGAAAGAAAAAGAGAGAAACAGAGAGAGAGAGAGAGAUCGAUUAAUUGGACGGUACUCGAUGGCCGGGAAGAAAGUAAAUAAUUUAUCCGAACUUUCUUCUUCGAAAGUGGCUGCUCUUUCGAUGAUAUUCGAAGACUGCACGAAUGCACUCGUUAUUUAUCGAGAAACUCUUAAACGGAUUUUUAAGCGAUCGAAGAACACGACCGUUCCUUAUGUUCUUUACGAACUCCAAAACUUGGAAACAACGGACAAGCAAGUACUUAACGAGGAUAUGACAAAAAUGGUAAAGGAUAUGCAGGAACAAGCUACGUACAACAAACUACAAAACGAUAGCCUAUACGUAAAAGGAAUUAUGGAGAAAUUGAAGGAAGAAAUACGCGAACGUGGUAGUUUCGAUGUGUUGACCAAAGAAAUUGAAAGAAUUGUGACUCGGAGAAAAGAAGAAGAGGCUUUAUUCGAGGAAUGCACGACGAUGAAGAAAACUGCGAUGGAGCUUCGACAAACUCUCGCCAACGAAAAAAUGAGCAAUGAAGCGGAGAGAACCCGUCUAAGGAAUAUACUGCUCGACUUAAAGAAUGAAAAUGAGAAACUGAAAAUAGUCAGCGACAUUGAACACAAGUAUUCGUGUAAGUGGAAUGAAGCUAAGUGCCAACAAAAUUCUAUCAGAUGUAAGGAAGAGUGGAGAAGAUUGAAAAAAACGCUCGAUGAUCUUCACGAGCGUGAGAAAAUUGAAGAAAUUGUAUCUACCGAAUUGAUUACGUUUCUUACUCAAGAUAUCGCAAGUAUCGAAAGAAAGAUCGAAGAAUGGCAAAGACGGUACGAUCGAGAGAAGAAAAUGUACGAGAAGGAAAUCUGUGAAGUGAACAUAGAGAUAGAAACUCGACAAAAAGACUUAGCUGAACUUUCACAAGAGUAUAACGAAAAGAAAAAAUUUAUAGACACUUACCUCGCGGAAAAGGAAGCAUUGAAGAAACAGAAGGAACACGAAGAGCAUGUGCGAGGAUGUGCCAUCAGGAUCCAAGCUUUCUGGCGUGGUGUUAUGGUACGCCGGAAGUUGGGUCCGUAUCGACCUGAAGAGAAAAAAAAGAAACGUCAACUUAAGUCGAAGAAAUAACUCUCUUUCGAUUGGUUGAACUCUUGAGUGCUGAGUACUAACGAUUAGAGAGGACAGAAUUUACUUAACGCUACCUCCUUUUGUUUGUACUUGGAAAGGGAAUGGUCUUCGAGUCUCGAGUAUUGUUCACGCAAGAAUCUCAUUUCCCGUGCAACACUUCCUGAAUCCUGCAGCGGUCUCGACCGCAUAGAACCUGUAAUAGUCCGUGCGGCGACUGCGGCACGAAACUUCGUCUAUAUGUACGUGUAAAUCUAUA